AUGACAAGAUACAUCUUAGGCGGAAUAAUCGGAUCGGGAACAUAUGGUGAGGUGUACGAGGCAAUAGACACAGAAACGAAGGAAAAGGUUGCCUUGAAGAGAAUAAAGCUCAAUGAGAAGGAAGGAAUGCCAGGGACUGCCCUUAGGGAAAUAUCAAUACUCAAGAAACUUAACCACAAAAACAUCAUAAGCUUGGUGUCUAUAAUACAUACCGAUGCACUCUUGACAAUGGUGUUUCCGUUCAUAGACUAUGAGUUGAAAAAGUAUAUUGGGAUGAACACAGGGAAAAACAUAAUGGAGCUUGUUAACCAGUUGAUAUGUGGAGUACACUAUUUACAUCAAAUGAAUGUAGUGCACAGGGAUCUUAAGCCUCAGAACAUCCUUGUCACGAGUGAUGGAGUAUUGAAGAUAGCCGAUUUCGGACUGUCGAGAAGCCUGGAGAUAAGAGUGCCACCCUAUUCUAGUGAAGUUGUUACUUUGUGGUACAGGUCGCCUGAGCUUCUUAUGGGGAGCACUAGUUACAGAUUUUAUGUGGACAUAUGGAGUCUAGGAUGCAUAAUCUACGAGAUGAUAACGCUAGAACCUCUCUUUCCUGGAGAGAGCAAGGAAAAUCAGCUAACACUCAUCCGAAGAAAGGCAGGAACAAGGAGAUCUCUCAAGCAUGCAAUAGAGAAAAAGUUAACAGCUCCAAAGUUUGUGGUCGAUAUUAUACUCAGAUGCCUCGACUUCAACUACGAUCAAAGAAUAACAGCAGACGAGAUAGUGGAGAUUCUUGAAAACGAGUACGGAACUCGCGGAGGGAUUUCUUAG